AUGAACUCUCUACCAUCACCACUGAUCAUUAACACACGAAAUCAUAACAAACGAACGUCGCUUACAAUGCUUGCACAAUCGAAUAGUGUUAUCAAAUCAUCAUCAGUUGGCAAUGAUUAUUUUGUCAAAUAUUAUACAUCAAAUCAUUGUUCAAUGUUCGAUGAACAAAUAAAUUCAAACAAUCAAAGAAAAGAUGAUGAUAAUCAUCAUCAAUAUUGCCGUUCUGUUGUCAUCACUGACACUUCAUCGAAUUUUCGACCGACCGUUCUUGCAAAUAAUCAUCGACAUCAUCAUUAUACAAAACGAUAUCGACGUUGCGAAUACAUAUCAAGGUAA